UUCUGCCGGCUCCGUGGGAGACGGAAAACUACCAGAGGAGGCAGGACGCCAGCUGUAGACACUAGUCGUGUUUCUGCACGGGGAGGAAGACAACUUUCCACAGCCAUAGGCCAGUUUCCUCUUGGAAUCUCGCCCCUCAUUCCCUACCCCCAAAAACUGAGCCUCCCACCCCUGCACCAGGUCCUGCAACACGUUGCUACACUGGUGCAUUCACAAAGGUCCAGAGAGAGGGGCGAGCGGGUUCAUCAUGGCUAGUCUGAGGUUUCACCUGGCCAGCGUUAUGGCACUCGCUGUAUUGACGACACUGCUGAGCCUCAGAGCUGUCAGCGGUGCUCCCUCCAAGUCCGCUGUCGCCAUCAGUCCUUCGAAGGCACAAGAGUUCCUGGCUAAGCUGAACCGGCCCAAAAGAAACGUCUGGGAUCGCAGCCGCCCAGACGUACAGCAGUGGAUUCAGCAGUUCAUGUACAUGGGCUUUGAUGAGCAGAGGCUGGAGACCGACUUGGCGUACUGGUUGGACCAGUCACGAGCAACGGACCAAGGUCGUCAGCACCAUCACGAUGAGAACUCCCCGCAUGCCAACGGCGACCCGGGCAAUUAUAGACACGGCGCCAAUGUAAACUACGACUACUACUAAAACACGCACACGCACACGCAAAGAAGACCAUAUCCCGGAAACAGAGGACGGUGUCUUGAUUAGUAGCCGUUCCCAUUAUCUUACGCGUAGUCUCUUUAAAACAUUAACCUUUACGUAUUAUCUCCUUUUAUUGUGGAGGCUACAUUCAGUUUAAUUGAUUGUUCAACUAAACAUAUCACCUGAUCUUAUACAAAAGUUAUGACGUCAGUGCUGAUUAAAUGCAUGUAAAUAAAACAUCAAUUUUCAAUCA